AUGACCCCAGAGCACCUUCCUCUCCAGCGCCUCAUCUUCUCCUGGAGGAACCUAACGUUGUGGAUGCUUGUUUCCCUCUCUUUGGAGCAGACUUCUGCAUCAUAUGGCAAGAGAAGCCAAAGGAAACCAGGAAUGUGUCCCCAAAACAGAUUUAACUGUAGCACUAAAUUUCUGGGCUUGUGCAAAACGGAUUAUGACUGCAGUGAUUCCCUGAAGUGCUGCUUUUUCGCCUGUGAGAACAGAUGCAUGGACCCAUACCAAGAACCCUGCAUGUUACCAUUAAAAACAGGAAACUGUCAGGAGAAUUUGGAUCGCUGGUAUUUUGACCUUGAACAAUAUCGAUGCCAACCCCUUACAUACAGUGGCUGCAAUGGAAAUGCCAAUAACUUCUUCAGCCAGGAUGACUGCCAGAUGGCCUGCCUGUCAGUUGUGAGGGAAGGACAAUGCCCACUCUUCCCCUCCUAUGCUCGAUCAGAGUGUCCACCUUCAUGUAAGAGUGACGUCGAUUGCUUUAAGAAGGAAAAAUGUUGUGAAAGCAGUUGUGGCUUUGUUUGUGCCGAGGCCCGGACAGGGAAAGGAAAGAGGCUUAAUCAGAAUAAGGCUCUGUUUGAGUUUCCCAAGACUCCCCAAAUCUGUCUCAAUUAUUUAAAAGACAAGUGUUUUACUCUACCUCAUAAAGUCAAAGCAGGAGUUUGCCCUGAGGUCAAGAACUGUCACAGGAUUAGAAAACCCCGAUGCCUGGAGGAUGCUGAUUGUCCACUUACGAAGAAAUGCUGCCCAUCUUGUGGGCUGAGAUGUGUCCAACCCUAG